AAUGAAAUUCGCCAUCAUGGCGCCAAACAUUGCGUAGUGUUGUUGUGAAAAUGAUAAAUUUCAUUACAUCUCUCAGCAUCUACUGUGAAACAGAAAGCUAUUCACCGAAUUAACGGAGGUUAAAAAUUUUUUGGCAUCUAUUACCCAACACCCUUUGCAAGAUGCCUUUAACAAAAAGUUCCAAAAAGGGCGUUGGAAAGCGUGAUGAUAGCCCAGAAGCAGGGCCUUCAAAAAAGGACAAGUAUAGCAGCGAUGAAGAGGAACAGCCUAUUCCAAGAAAAGGCAAAAGUCAAAGUUCCAAAAUGUCAAAACAAGGGAAGAUAAGUAAAAGAAGCCCUAAUGUUAUAAGUAAAUCAAGUGGUGUGAACUCUGGUCAUAAUAAGCCUGCAGAGUUGUUCCGGAAAGAUCUCAUCAGUGCUAUGAAAAUGGCAGAUACAGAAAUUUUGUACGAGAGUGAGUACCUGGUUAUAUCUGAUCCAUGGAGACAAGAGUGGGAGAAGGGGGUGCAGGUGCCUGUCAACGAGGAGGAGAUCCCACCUUCACAGAUCAGGGAAAUUAGAAAGCUACCAAAGAAUGGAGAUUUUAAGCAGCCUCUACGUAAAUAUCUUCAUGAGAAGGUAGAUGAUACAUAUCAAGCCAGCAUUCAUGAGUUGACUGGGAUGCAAGAACUAGCUGAACAGAUAGUUCGUUAUGACCUGGAUGAUCAAGAUGUCACAUGGCUGCAGCUAGUCAAUGAAGACAGGGAGGAGAUGGGCUUACAGUUAAUCAAUGAAUGGAAUAUGGAGCGAAUGAUAGAAGAGCUAGAAAAUCAGUGUUAUAUUAAAACAAAUGCUUUAAAGAAAACAGAGGAAGGCUUAGGCAUAGAGUACGAUGAAGAUGUUGCUUGUGAUGUCUGCAGAAUGCUUGAAAGUGAAGAUACAAAUGAAAUGGUAUUUUGUGAUGGCUGUGAUAUAUGUGUUCAUCAGGCUUGCUAUGGUAUCCAGACAAUUCCAGAGGGUAGCUGGCUGUGUAGAAUCUGUGCACUAGGAAUCAAACCUAUGUGUUUGUUGUGCCCUAAACGGGGAGGUGCCAUGAAAUCAACUAAAAGUGGCACAAAGUGGACCCAUGUAAGCUGUGCGCUGUGGAUUCCUGAAGUUAGUAUAGGCUGUCCUGAAAAGAUGGAGCCAGUCACUAAAAUAUCCAAUAUCCCUCCAUCAAGGUGGGCCUUAGUGUGUAGCUUAUGUAAGGAGCGUGUAGGUGCUUGUAUCCAAUGUUCUGUCAAGCAGUGUAAGACAGCAUUUCAUGUCACAUGCGGGUUUGCACACAACCUGGACAUGAAAACAAUAGUUGAUGAUUCUGAUGAGGCAGAUGGGAUACACUUACGGGCCUACUGUCCUAAACACACAAAGAAUAGAAAUGCCUCGGAUUCAGAGUCCCCAAAGAAAGAAGACAAUGUAGACAAUGAAAAUGAAAUAUCAGAAGCAGAGAUGGCCAAGAAAAGAUUAGAGAAGCUGAAGCAGAUAGAAAGUGAAUUUUUUACUUUGGUGGAUGUCAAUGAGAUCGCUGAGAAGUUUUAUAUACCAGAAGAAGCUGUAGAUAUUGUAGCUGAGUAUUGGAAACUAAAAAGAAAAGUAAAUAAUAACAAGCCUUUGAUAACACCAAAAAUGGAAGAAGAGGAUCAAAUGCAGAAGCAGCAGAAAGACAGUCUGAGUGCUCGGAUGAAGAUGUUCGUCCACUUGCGCCAGGACUUGGAAAGGGCCCGCAACUUGUGUUAUAUGAUCAGCAAAAGGGAGAAAACAAAGAAACAAUUUUUCCAGAUCAAAGAGAGUGUUUUCAAAAGUCAAGUUCGUGUUCUCACCGACCCCGACCUUAACCUCAGCGCCAGAGAAGCUGAGAAAGUACGCCAAGAAUAUCAUUUUAAUUCCCUGUACAGCAACUAUGGCAUCCUGGGCGCUCACAGCAGCAAGCAGCCUCGGAAUAACCUUUUCACUCUGGAGAAUCUCAAAACCCCCAAGGACUUUUCUGACAAUGAAAAGACGCAGGAUAGCUAUGUAAAUGAGACAAAAUCCUCAUCAGGACAGUCCAACCUUGGGAAGGAAGACAGGCAAAGUAGCAAAAGUAAGGCAGCCAAAGGUUCUAAAACUGACAAGGCUAGCCACAGGAAGAAUCUGUUUGCCGUUGACACUUUCAACAUCAUGACAGACUCCCCAGCUGAGAGCAGCGGGGAUGAGCACUUAUCCACCGCGGCUAAAACCACUCACUCCUCCCAGAUGAGCCGGCUGGGCAAAGUCAAGUUAAAGGAGAUAGAAGAGGUGUCAGCCACUGGAGAUCCCAUUGUGAAAACUGUCCCAGAAUCCCCCAGCAAGAAGAGCCUGGUCCCCGCCAGUGACUUUGGUAAAAAGUUGAGCCUUUUCCUGCAGUCCAAGACGAAGAUGCAGCAGCUGCAGGAGAGGAGGUACGACCAGGUGCGGGAGGCGCUGCACAUCGUGGUGGACCAGUCUGAGGACAGCGAGGUGUUCACGUCAGACACCAACACCGUCCUGUCCACGGUUGACCAGCCCAGGAAUCUGUUUGAGCAGUUCAGCAUGCAGGAUAAAAAGUUUGUGUCCUCUCCUGAGAUCUCUGGGGACAACAAGUGUAACGUCCAGCCCCUGAGGCAUCAGAAAAAGUUGAAGAAACGCAAGCACAGCCGCUCUCCCCCUAAGGUACAAAAACUUCGUCUGCUUGUGUCGCCCUCAGAGCAGUCCAGCAGCUCCAGUGUGUCCGUUAAAUCUGAGUUAACACCAGAUGUUACGGCAGACGUCGGUGCUCUGACCACUGUCAACUCACAGCUGAGUGCCACAGCCCUACCCUCUGACACUGACUCCCAGCCUCACCCACCUGUCUUAUCACCAAAAGGCAGGAAGAAGAAAUCCAGAAAAAACCGCAGCCUGACCCCAGACAGAGCUCUGAAAUCCAAAAACCUUCUCCUGUCUCCAACCCCUCGGGUUGAACCUGAUAGUGUGUAUGCCACGCUGGAUGGGGACAUCUAUGUACCCACUGGCAAAAUUCUCAUGACAGAGAGGACAAUUGUCUUAGAUGAUCCCAAGGAGGAGGACGGGGCGCGUCUGCAAAGUAAGUUGAGGCUGAAGAAGAAAGCCAACUCACCACUCAAGGGUAAGGUCACGUAUGAGGUGGUCAAGGAUGAGGACGACAGGAAGGACAUUUUUGUAGAUGACCCACCCAAAUUAGAAGCAGAGGCAGAGAAAAAUAUUUUUGAUCGUGUUGUGGAAACUUUGCCAUUGGUACCAGAUGUUGCUGAAGUCUCCACUCAAAGGAGUGUGCGUUUAAAGAAUAAAAACGUGGAGGAAGCAUCCCCUGGUAGAAGGACACGACACAGUAAAACUGAGACCGCCGGUCAAACGCGACACAGUAAAACUGAGACCGCUGGUCAAACGCGACACAGUAAAACUGAGACCGCUGGUCAAACGCAACACAGUAAAACUGAGAGCGCCAGUCAAACACAAAACAGUAAAGUGCCUGAGGUGGCUAGUGUGCCAGAGGUGAAAGCUGAGGUUGUCAGUGAAGACCAAGAACCCUCCGAGACAAACAGCCGCAAAAAAAGGCAGCCAAGACGAAAGCGUAAUGUGUCCACCAACGACACAGAGAAGGGAGAACUUUCUGAUGAAAACUUCCGCCCCAGCGGUGGGUCACCCAAGGUGCCACCCAUUGACAAGUCACAACGACCUAAAAGGUCACGGAAAAACAGACUAGUUCAUUCUGAUGAAACAGAUGGGGAAGAUGAUUCUGAUGAUUUCCAGGAGAAGCCACAUAAAAGAAAUCUCUUCACAAAACCAAAGGCUCCCCCUAAUGGAGCCCAAAGUGUGCAGUUGAUACCCUUGCCUAACAAGCCAGCUCUGAACUGUUUGUUAGAUGCUAAAAAACUUGUUGUUAAGGAAGAGCUCUGUAAACAGGUUGGUAAUCGCCUAAGCAGGCACCUGAAGGAGAGGGGCAGAUGGGGAAGUUUCAAUGGAGUUAGCAAUCAAACAACUUUAGAUAAAUUUCUUAAAAGGACAGGCAGUAGUGAAAAUGUUUUCUCCAAGCCUGACAGCAAAGUGAAUGGCAAAGUGACCAGACCAGAUCUCUGCCCCCUGCGGGUCAACAAAUCUUCCUCGUUAAACAGCUACAAUGAUAGCUCUGGGUUGCCAGAUGCAGACAUGGCCCCAGCGUCACCUGUCAAGUCAGCUGUGUUUGGCUGCCACAGCUCACCUAGGCAAGGCUUGAACAGCUACCGCAGUCCACACAAGAACGACGUCUUGGGGGACCAGAAUCUGACACCGUCUAAUGACUCAAAAGAGUCUGUGUUUGGCGAUGUGGAAAAACUACACAAGCCUUCGCGGCAGCUUUCUUUUGAGGAUGUGGGUAAAAAAAAUGAUAUUUCACCAGCCAAGAGCAAGUGUGAUUUGGCUGAGGUUGUAAAAACUCCUUCAAAAUGUGAACUCUCUGAGUUUUCUGAGGAGAAACUGGACUGUAACAGGAGCUAUAGAUCUCAUUCCCCGCCCUCCAGCGAGGGCAGUUGCGCAUCAAGUCGCAUCCAUCAGCUGGACUCAAGAGAAAGUACCCCAAGUAGGCGCGUCACCAGGAGUUGGAUUAACGAAGAUGAUCAAAGUCCCAACACUCGCUUACGUAAAAGGGAAACUUUGUUAAAAGCCCCUCAGUUUAAAUUGUGACAAUAAGUAGAAUUGUGUGUGUUGGGAAGGGGGGGGGGGUGAGAAAAUGUAAUUGUGUGAUGUGUGGAUCAUUGGGACUACAUUGUAUUUUGUUGUGCCAGCGUUGUGCUGGAUUAAUGUCUAAAUGAUUGCUUAUGUUUGGGUUUUUUUUUUUAAAAGCUUGGUAAAAAGUUAAAUUUUUUUAAACAAAACUUGAGGCACAAUAUUUUUCAAGCAAAGUAAUUCUGGACUAGUAAAUCCUAUGUUUCAAGUUAAAACUUUUUAAAAAAAUCCACAUGAACCCAUCAAUACAAUGAGCAAUAUUUUACUGGUAAACAAAUAACAAAACUGACAUGUUUCUCAGGCCUACCUGCAUUUAAAGUAACAGAUUUUAACUGGUUCACUAGCUUUUUCUCAAUCAUCAAUACAAAUGUAUAGAAAAUGGCAAACAUUAAUCACUCUACCAUUGUAUGUUAUUUAUAGUAAUCUUGUAUGAAAGUCUCCACUGUAAAUUAUUCCUAAUGAAAUCUGCAUGGUUACAUGCCCAGACUAGCUGGAGGUUAAUUGUGUGAGUGUGUUAGCUGCAGUUAAUGCAGUGUUGUUUACAUGAUCUUCUGGGUGUGUGUGUGUACAUGUCAUGCACAUUAUUAAACCGUCUGUUUUAAGAUGGUAUCACAUUCUUGACAUUCAUUUGUUGAUAGUUUUAAUCAAAUAUAAACUUGAUGAUUUGUGAGUCUAAAAUUGAUUGUUAUCAAAGCCACUCUUCAAAUGGUCAAUAAAUGUCUUUUUUUUUUUUCAUUUUAAAAAAUACAGCCUUCAUGGCUGCCUCCAACAUAAUACUUAUGAUCUAUUUCAUCUGCUCAAGUGUCCCUCAAACAUAAUGGAAUAUAAAGUAUUGGCUGUGCCUUAUAGAAAGUGUAUAAUUCAAACUUUAAACAUUUAGAAUCUAGCUCCCAUCAAUUCAUUCAGCUUCUGAAGAUGUUCCAUCUUGUUUAUGCUAGCUGUUUGUUUUAACCAGUCUUUAUUGUGAGUGGGUUAGUACAACUAAUGCUAAUACUCUCGGCUAAAGAAGACAUUUUUCCGCAUUUUAUUUUACAUUUACUCAUACAUCACUGAAGUUUACGUAGGUGGCACUUGUUUAAAACUGGGAAGAAAUGUUUAUAGACUCGUAAAUAUGUAAAAAUGUACCAUUUUCAUCUUCCAUUGUUGGUUUAUGCUGAUGUGCAUAGUGUUAAGGAAACAAACUGUCCAUCUGUUGUAAUUAGUGUGUAUAGUCGACAUUGUUUGUCCUGUGACCUCUGGCGUAAUGACACUAGUAGUAGAGAUUUACUAAGUUUUAUUUGACUGUGAUAACUGGGGCUUACAAUUAAAUUUCAUUUGUUUUUUCUAAACACUCAGAUUUUUAGAAUAAAUUCCUGUAGUUUGUCAGCAAACUAAAAAACUUGGUAAACAACAUGAGCAACUGGAUGGAUUCAAUUGGCAACAGUUGUAUGUACACAGCAGUCCAGUUUUUCUCACAUUGACUAAUGGCAGCCUCUUAUGGGUUUAGUAGUGUGUAGGAAACAUCUUACAAAAAAAAGCCAUUUGUGGAGUUUUUAUUCACAAAUAAAAUAUGUACAUCUUUUUCU